AUGACCAUUUUAGUCGCGCACGCGUUGCACAGCGGGUCAGAGUACACCAAGGAGGAGAGGCGGGAGUGGUGGGCCGACAUCAAGAGGGUGAUUGCCAGGUGGAAGGUGGACAUGUGCAUGAUUGACGCUAACGGGAGGUUAGGCCAGAUCAUCUCGAAGUCCGUAGGCGAGGAGGGAUACAGGCAGGAGGAGGAUGAGAACGGGGCGCACUGGCAUGACACUCUCUUGGAAGGUAACCUGGGAGCCCUGAACACCCUGAUCCCGCAGACGGGCUCGGGAGCGACAUGGAGACCUUCGGUAGGCGCCAAGGAACAUAGGAUAGACUACAUUGCAGCCGCGGAUCACUGGAAGGAUAUUGCUCAGAGCUGUUUCGUCAUUCCCGAUUUGGACGUAGCCCUCGAGAGACCUGAUCAUUUCCCAGUGGUGGUUGUGUUUGCCUCAAAGAGUCUUGGUAAGAAUAUCGACAUCCAGGGCCAGAUCGAUCGAGCCGCACUCCAGGACGCCGAACGCAGGGAGGUUUUCCGUCAGGUGCUUAAGAGUUUCCCUCGGGCCCCCGCCGUAUUGGACGUGAACGAGCAUGCAGAUCAUAUCACAUGGUGUUACCAGGAAGCCCUCAGGGUGGCAUUUCCUCGGAGCUCCCAGAACCCCAUUAAGCCCUACAUCACGCCCGAGGUCCUCUGUGUCGUGGCAUUUCGAAGGCGCCUUCGACAGAUUUCUAGAUCUUGGAGGCGCAUGAACGCUAGUCAGAUCGACAACCUGCUGGUGGCCUCCCUGGACUUCCCUGCGCUCGAGUCAUGCCAGGACCUGUCGAUCUUAGCUCAGUCCGACACACUUCAGGAAGCACUGGAGGCUUUUCAGAGCGGAGCUUUGGGGAGGGUUGAUAUGGACCAG